AAACACACUCUCUCUCUCUCUCUCUCUCUCGUGACAAUGUCCUCCGCUUCCCCACACCGAUCGUACGGCCACAAGGGCUCCUCCUCCUCCUCCUCCUCCUCCUCCUAUCGAAACCCUAAUAAAAGGUUCGUCCCCAAACCCCACCCCUCUCCCUCCUCCUCCUCCUCCUCCUCCUCCGAUCCUCCCAACCCCACGCCGCCGCAUCCGACGCUCACCACCUCCCUUAGGGCAUCCUCCGAUGCCUCCUCCUCCUCCUCCCGCUCCGGAUCCAAGGCGGGGCGCAGCGGCGGCGGCGACGGCGGCGGCGGAGGGGGAAACUUCGUCGCCUACCUCCCCCAGGACGAGGCCGUCGCCUCCGGCCUCGGCGCCGACGCGGGCGGCCUCGACGCCGUGGAGUCGCAGGCCGUCGUUGACCUUCUCAACGACGAGCUCGCCAACCUCCUCGCGAUGAAGCCGAGGGACUUCUGGCGAGAAGUGGUGGGGAAUGAUUCGUUGCAUGAGUUCUUGGAUAGUUACUUGCAGUUCAGGCACAGGUGGUACGAUUUCCCACACCGCGGGGCGAGGGGAACCGUCGCAGGUGUCGUCGUCGGGGAGCUCGAGCUCUGCCGGAGGGUCUUUAUGGUCCUCUAUCGGAUAUCUUCCAGCAAGGAUCCAGGGGCAAUUAAAAGUGAUUCUCUUAGUGUGAAAGAGCACACGGCCCUAUUGCAGGAAAAGAAGUUGCUUGACUUGCCGAAGUUGUUGGAUAUAUGUGCCAUCUAUGGGCAUGAUAAUGGAGAGCUGACUCGGUCGUUGGUAGAGAAUGCUAUAAAAGCCCAACCAAAGCUCAUUGAUAAUGUUAGCACAGUGGCUUCCCAUUUCCUGAGCAUUGUUCACACAAUGCAUGAUCGUUGCAGCUCAUCUUUAGAGGUACUAACUUUGUCAGCUGGACAUGAUGAUCAUGGAUACAUUCAACUUCACAAAGACUUUUUAGAGGUAAUGGACUUCAUAAAUGAUGCAGUGGUUACCUUGGAUUACUUUGUUGAUGCAUAUAGACCUGCAGCUUUACUGUUCUCUAUGUCAUUUGAAAUGAGUUAUGGAGUCGAGGAGCUACUAAAAACCCUAGCUCGUUUGCAUGAUUCGUUACUUCCAUCAUUACAUCAAGGGUUUACAUUAAUUUCUCGUACAAUUAGCAGCAGCCAGAAGUUACCCAGUGGAACUCUAUCAGAUAUAGUUCUUAGCAUAAAUAUGCUAUCAAAAAGAAUUGUCAAAUUUAGCUGGAAACUGCUGGAGUUUAGCUAUUUAAAUGACCAAUCCAUUGAAGAUAGUCUUCUUCGAGCUGUUACCAAGAUGUUUCCAGCGAAUGUUGAGGAUCCUGCUAUAAGAGGAGAAAUUGUAAUUCAAGCCUUUAGAGAUAUUGUUGGAGAAGCUGCGUAUGGUUUACAAGAUAAUCUUGGUGGCGGGACUUUUCUUCAGAAUCUUGAGAAGGACUUUGAGAUGUUGAAUCGAAUUAACCGACUUCGGAGCAAUGGUUGGAUUUUUUUGGACGAGGAGCAGUUUCAAUACUUGUCCCAAAUUGCAACACCUUCCUCCAAGUCCUUGAACAAGGAACCUGCCUUACCUCUUUCUUCACUCAACAAUGAGUUACAAACCGAUGAAGAAGCUGCUAUUACUGAAUCCAAAAUUAGCCAAAUAAAGGACCUUUUCCCAGAUUAUGGUAAAGGCUUCCUUUCGGCUUGUCUGGAAGUCUACAAUCAAAAUCCUGAAGAAGUUAUCCAAAGGAUAUUAGAAGGAACCCUCCAUGAAGAUCUCCUAUCUCUGGACACUACCCUAGAACAGAUUCCUCCACGAAAACCAGCACCCAAGAGUACGAAAGAUAAAGGAAAAGGACUUUUACAGGAAACUGCUUCUCAAAAAGAUAAAGGAAAAGGGCUUUUACAAGAAGGUGCUCCUCAAAACAACAUUGUCCUGUCUUCCAAAAUAGAUGCUAAAAUUCAAGGAGAUGAAAAUGGUCCUUCUUCUUCUAUGCUAUCAUCGUCAUCAUCGUCAGCGUCAGUAUAUGGGCGAUACACCAGGAAAACCAAUGAAGAUUUGUCAGAUUUAGCUGUUCUUGAUUCGAGAACAGCUCUAGAUGCAGCAAAAACUGCUGUGCUUGCAGCAGAGUAUGAAUACGAGGAUGAGUAUGAUGAUUCUUUUGAUGAUUUGGGUCUAAAUAUUGUGGAAUCAGCUUAUGAGGAAUCAGAGAGCUCAGAUGAUAGGAAAGGUGCUUACCCAGAAAGAGCUUCAGCUUCGGAAACUGAAGCCUCAUCAAAUAAAUCCAACUCAAGAUGGGGCUCGCAGAAAAAGACGCAAUUCUAUGUCAAAGAUGGGAAGAACUAUAGCUAUAAAGUAUCUGGUUCGGUCGGUGUGUCGAGUGCUCAAGAAGCGGCUUUUGUGAAUCGAACGCAGAAAGAACUUAUUCACGGGCUCGGUCGCGGUGGGAAUGUGCCUGUGGGUGCUUUCGGGAAGCAGCUUCCUGAUGAAGAGAAAGACAAUGAGGUUACGAAUGAUGAUGAGGGUCUCGGAAGAGGGAGCUCAAACCCUCGCGGCAGGGGAGGGAGAAGAGGAGGAGGUCGGAAUCAUUAUAGGAAAGAUAGAGCGAUGAAGAAGCAUUUUGCCGGAUUGGGUGGUUUUUAGUCGCUCGCUGAUUCAAUGCCUUUUUCCUUGCAUAAGCGAAAAUUGUAAAUUUUUACGUGUGAGAUUUUAUACAUUGUGGAGUCCAUCUUGGGUGCUUUGAAAAGCACAUGAAUAGAGCCUACUCCUAACUUUUUACCCUUUAGAUCCAUAAUAGCAGGCAUCCAAGGGUCAAAACUUGGAGGCAUGCACUAUUUAUGUGCUUUUGAUAGUAUUCUUGCCACGCUGUAGCCUGACUAUAUUGUGCUGAGAUCACUUGUUUUGUAGAUUGCUGUUAAGUUCUUCAGUCAUUUACAGCA